AUGCCUGCCGCCAAUCCGGUCCUAAUCCAAGACUUCCCGCGCUCUCGCAGCGAGCCGCCACCGAUCUUCCUCAUCCACGAUGCGAGCGGUCUGUUGACAAGCUAUUUCAAAGUCGGCACUCUAGGACGGAAGGUUUAUGGUAUCUGGGAUCCAAAGUUCGACGCCGAUGGUAUCGGUGGAUGGCAAAGCGUUCGGGACAUCGCUGAAGCGUAUGUCCGCCUAAUCAAGCGGGUAAUGCUGAGGGGAGAGAUAGUACUGGGUGGUUGGUCUUUUGGAGGCGUUCUCUCCGUCCAGAUCGCCCACAUGUUGGCUACGUCAGGUCGCGGCCUUCGCGUAUCACGAAUCAUUCUCAUCGACUCAGUCUACCCACGAUGCCCACGACCCGAAGCCCAAAAAGAGCCCGCGAAACUCCACCACGCGCCAGCUCUGCCUGGCGUCAACGAAGAGACCCGUGACAAGUUGAUGACAGCGCUCAUGAGAGCGACAUGCCUCUCGGAUCAGUGGGACCCUCCAAAGUGGUCCAUGCCGAGAACGGGAGUCCUUGGAACGGCGCGGUCAUACGGCGUUGACCCAACGCCACCGCACGCGAUCUUGAUCAGAGCGAAGGAUAUGGUGCCGAUGGCUGAUCCUGGCGAGAAGUGUCCGCUCGAUCGAACCAGGUUUCUGCCGCAGCUCGGUUGGGAGGACAUGCAGGAGGGCUUCGUGGAGCAAGUCAUUGAGACGGCCGGAAAUCACUACAGCAUUUUCGAUCAGGAAUAUAUUGAUGGUAUCACGGCACACAUCAGGAAAAGCUUAGACAUGGCAUUAGACUAG